UUCCAGCGAUUCAGCGAACAAAGCACAUAUGCAGUACAUUUUCAGCACACAGCUCAUGCUGUGCGCAUUAGAUUCUAGGAGCUUAAUUCAAGCUGCAUAAUACUUCAUAUCCAGAACAAGUACAGUUAAGACCAUAAAUAGAAGCGGCCUUAUAGGAGUAGCUCUAUAGCAACACAGUAGAUAGAGCGGGAUUGAUUCCAGCAGUACAGUACACCUACAAGAGUAGCAGAAUUCCAGACCUUAAUAACGAUGCUGGAUUUAUUCGCAAGUGUCUAUUUCUCAACGGCACCGCAUGUUCUUGAUUUUCUUUCAAGAUACGACAAUGCUUACUUUAGAGCCAAACGCAUUGCUGUUUCUUGUCUCCAAAGAUUCCACAUCAAACCUUAAAGUACAAUUGAAGAAGAAGCACAUAACGCUACCUUUCAACUAUAAAUAGGAUAUCCAAAUCUUGUCUUUCCCUUGAUAUAUAGCAUUCAAGAUGAAGUUGCCAGAUCAGGUUGCUGCUUUCUUCCUCUUCCUAGUCUGGCAUUUUAUGCUAUCUGCAGGCAUUGCAGCUGCACAUCAGGUUACAUUUUAUGUGCACAACAAAUGCUCCUUUCCCAUAUGGCCUGCAACAGCAUCAAAUACUGGUUUCCCAGUAAUAGCUGAUGGCGGAUUUUACCUUCCCUCAGGCCAGACACAGCGGAUUUAUGCCCCACUGAGAUGGAGUGGCCGGAUUUGGGCAAGAACAGGUUGCAAAUUCAAUACCAAUUGGACUCCUGCUUGUGAAACAGGUGACUGUGAUGGAAGACUAGCCUGCAGUGGACUUAUAGGCACUCCCCCAGCCACACUCGUGGAAAUCUCACUUCAAGAUCAAGGCAAGCCAAAUUUUUAUGAUGUAAGCUUGGUUGAUGGGUACAAUAUCCCUGUUACUGUCACAACAAGGCAAAAAUCGCCAAAAUGUACAGUUGGAGGGUGCUUGAAAAAUGUGAACAGCAUGUGCCCGCAAGAACUCCAAGUCUUGAACAAAAAUGGAGAAGUGGUUGCGUGCAAAAGUGCUUGCUUGGCUUUUGAUAUUGACAAAUUUUGUUGCCGAAAUGAGUAUGGAAGCCCAGAAAAGUGCAAGCCCAACGUCUACUCAAAGAUAUUUAAAGAUGCAUGUCCUUCUUACUAUAGCUAUGCUUUUGACGCACCCCCACCGUUGGUAAACUGCGCCUCUACUGAGUAUGUGAUAACCUUUUGUCCAGCGUGGGGUGAUGAUGAUCACACUUCCAUCUGAAGCAAUUGCUUGUUAUGUAAGGCUUUAUUAAAUAAUAAUACUCUAGAUUGGUGAUGUGUA